AUGGACUUCUACAAAGGGGACAGGCUAAAUGAAGAGGGCAGAAGAUUGUAUAACAUGGGCGAGGUGCACAUACGAAAAGUAUGUGUUGUCUUCUUGUGCGGUGGACAGGGAACGCGUCUGGGAAGCGACAAGCCAAAAGGCUGUUUUAUUCUUCCGAAGUUGAACAUGUGUCUAUUCGAGGUACAUUUUCAGAAAAUUAGGGAACUGCAGAGGAAAUACAAUGCAAAGAUAAAGGUGUUUCUCAUGACAAGUACGUUUACAUAUGACGAUACGAAGAAAUUUCUUGAUGAACGCGAUAAUUUUGACUUGGAUAUUACUCUAUUCAACCAAGAUAAUGUGGAAUGUCUUAAUUUAGAGAUGAAAUUGAUGAAAUACGACGAAAAUAGCACCUGUAAGUCACCCAAUGGGAACGGCGGUCUUUUUAAAGCGUUACACCAAUACCACAUCAUUGACAAGAUGAAAGAAUGCGAUAUAGAGUAUGUAAACGUGGUAUCUGUUGAUAAUGUUCUUGUUAAUGUGUGCGAUCCGCUUGCUAUAGGAGUACUUUACGACAAAAAUCUCGACAUACUCAGUAAGGCCGUGAUUAAGGCAGAUGAUGAGAGCGUAGGUGUGUUUGUGAGAGAAAACGGUCAAUAUGUCGUCAAAGAAUACUUCGAAUCAAAGGAAAGCUCGAAGCUGGCAAAUAUUUGUCAUCACUACUUUAGAUUGGACUUCCUUGAAAAUCUUAAAAAUGUGGAUGAAGCGUACCAUUUGUCGAAGAAAAAAAUUCCUUACUGUAGAAAUGGCUCUAUUAUCAAGCCGGACAAACCGAAUGGUUAUAAACAGGAACUUUUUAUAUUUGACUUUUUCAAAUACGCUAAUGGGAACGAAGUUAUUCUCGUCCCAAGAUUGCUAGAGUUUUCACCGCUAAAAAAUUCAGACAAAGACAAGGGAAGCAACCCAACAACAUGUGUUAGUGAUUAUCUGAAGAUCAAAUCAACUGCGAAUAUUCACUUUAAAUAA